AUGAGAGAGCGCCAUGUGGAUGUUGCUUCCUCGAGGCACACGAGAGACCUCUUAAAUGCCUAUGAUGCAGAACAAAGCACAGAACAUUUGCUUAGUGGAACAGGCAACGAUACUGGAAACCCUUCUUGGAGGCAUUCUUUGGUGCAUGUAUUGGUGGCAACUCUUUCUUCUUUCGUGUUUGGCUACCAUCUUUGUGUAGUCAAUGAGACACUAGAAAGUAUUUCUUUGGACCUUAGCUUUAGUGGGAAUACCAUGGCUAAAGGUUUAGUUGUAAGUACAUGCCUAGGUGGUGCUUUCGUCGGAUCUAUAUUCAGUGGCUGGAUUGCAGAUGGGGUUGGUCGACGUAGGGCUUUGCAGUUGUGUGCUUUACCAAUGAUAAUUGGGACUUCAAUGAGUGCAACAACAAAAGAUCUGUGGGGUAUGCUUCUGGGAAGGUUGUUUGUUGGAACUGGAAUGGGUAUUGGUCCACCUGUUACAGCUCUUUAUGUGUCAGAGGUUUCACCAGCUCAUGUAAGGGGUACUUAUGGUAGCUUGACACAAAUUGCAACAGGUCUUGGAAUUAUGGGGUCUCUAUUUAUUGGAAUUCCAGCCAAAAAAACUUUGGGUUGGUGGCGCAUUUGUUUUUGGGUCUCUGUCGUUCCUGCUACAGCACUUGCUUUUUUCAUGGAGUUUUGUGCUGAGAGUCCUCAUUGGCUUUUAAAGAGGGGAAGAGAUGCAGAGGCUGAAAUUGAGUUAGAGAAGCUUUUAGGAGGAUCACAUGUUAAAUCUGCAAUGGCUGAAUUGUCAAAUUUAGACCGAGGAGAUGAUGCUGACAAAGUAAAGUUAUCAGAGUUGCUCUAUGGUCGGCAUUUUAAAGUGGUUUUCAUUGGGUCUGCACUUUUUGCCUUACAACAGCUAUCUGGCACAAAUGCCAUAUUCUAUUACUCAUCAACAGUCUUUAAAAGCACUGGUGUUCCUUCCGAUUUUGCAAACAUAUGUGUUGGAAUUUGCAACUUGUUGGGUUCAAUAGUUGCAAUGCUUUUGAUGGAUAAACUAGGAAGAAAGGUGCUUCUUAUAGGGAGUUUUUCUGCAACGGCAGUGUCAAUGGGUCUUCAAGCUAUUGCAGCUAGUUCUUUUAUGCCGAGCACUGCAGCAAUAUAUCUGUCUGUUGGAGGCAUGUUAAUGUUUGUCUUGACAUUUGCUCUUGGUGCUGGUCCUGUCCCUAGUCUACUUCUGUCAGAAAUAUUGCCAAGUCGAAUUAGGGCAAAGGCAAUGGCAGUUUGCAUGGCCUUUCAUUGGGUUAUAAAUUUCUUUGUUGGUUUUCUGUUUCUGCAUUUGCUGGAACAAAUUGGGCCACUAGUCUUGGAUUCGGCGUUUGCUAGCUUUUCUUUACUGGCAGUGAUCUUUGUGAAGAAGAAUGUGUUGGAAACAAAAGGAAAAUCACUCCAAGAAAUUGAGAUUGAACUUCAGCCAUCAGAAUAAAGGUAUAUCUGUUGGUUGUUGAUCGUCCCUUGCAUCGGUUCUGGCUUAUUUAGAGAAAUUUGGCUAGCAGGAGAAUUUAGAAAACACAAAUGCAUCAUCUGGGAAUCCUGUUUUACCGGUACAUUUUACGAGCACAGGGGUGUUUCUUCUUCCUAUGGAAAUUAUUGAAGCAAUGUGGCACACAUAUGUGAUAUGACAAAGUCCCCUCUGCUUCUGUAUGUGUCGGGAAUCAAAUAUUGUUCCUAUAGCAUGGUCUAUUAUCUCAAAAUCAACCAACAUGCAAAAGAAGUUUUCUAUCGCUUGUAUCCAGUUAAGUAGUAGAAAAUCGCAGUCUAAGAAACUCCUCUUGAAGGUUCAAGAAAUAUCCAUCAAAAUUUUUGGCAUUAACCCAUGGGUUAAUAUGAUUAGCAAUUGGAUUUGCUCCUCACCUUCUUAAUUAGAGUUUCAGUUCAGAUUAUAAAGAAUGUAUUUUCCU